GACCAUUGACUCUGUAUAACCUAUAUAAGUCAUUAACUUCACGCCUAAUCCUCAUAAAAUUAUAGCGUGUCAACCAAACCUUGUCUUCAAACAGAUUCAUCAUUCAUUCCAACACCUCGUUUCCUCAUCCAACACCUCGUUUCUUCAAACAGAGUCGUCUUCUCCAAAACCUACUUCAUUUCUUUCUCUGCAACUCAACCCAGAACGUACUUUGGCGCCAUGGCCAUGUCGAUCAGAACAAUCACAACAACAACAGCACUUACUCGCAGCAAUUCUAGAUCCUCACUACUUCAUCCCCACCUCAGAUUAAACCAGAAGGAUUCAUGUCAUUUUCUCGGUAACCGGAGCUUGCGAUCGUGCAGUAGUACGAGCCUUCAGAGAGUUCAGAUUGGCAGCAAGAUUCUGUUAAUGGUGGUCAACAGCGUUGACCCCGGCAGCCCUCCUCUCCCUUCUGAUCCUUCCGGUGGUUCUUGGAAAAUGUGGCUUUUGGGUGUGCUUUUCUCAGUAAUUAUACCCUUUACGAAGAACAAAUGGUACCCGUUACUCAAGUUGAAAGAACAAGUGGAGACGGCGCUGGAUGCCGCAGAAGAAGUGGCGGAGCUCGUGGAGAAGGUCUCCGACAAAGUGGAGGAGGUCGCCGAUGAGAUCGGCAACCAUCUUCCCGAAGGUAAACUUCGACAUGCUGCCAUGCUUGUGGAGGAAUUAGCUGACAAAACGGGCAAGGCUGCGGCCCUAGCGGAUGAUAUCAUUGAGAAGACUGAGGAGGUUGAGAGAGAGGUAGAUUCUAUCAUUGAAAAGGCCAAUGAGCUAAAGAAGGAAGACAAAAUUAAAGAAGCGAGUACCAAGCAAGCUGCAGAUACUACUGAAAAUGAGACGGUUGCAAACUGAUCGAGGCAGCUAGCUCGUGGCCAGCUCAAUACAUGCCUGUGAAUCCUGUAUUUAUAUGGAUUGUUAAUGUAGUCACUCAAUAUUUUUUAAUUUUUAUAAAUCAUAGAACUUCAUUAUGUGACUAUAUAUAUGUACAUAGUUUGUUGCAUGCUACUUGCUACAAGCGUAUAAACGAUUGACCAUA